UUAAACUUCAACACAUACCGUGUCAAACUCUACAUGUUUGGAUGAGACCUUCACAGGUUGCAAGUUGCUUGGACUCAAAUUAUCACCCCCUCUAGAGUGACUGCAGCUAGCAUAGGGAAGAUUUGAACAUUUCCAUUUUCUUCAUCGGUUUUUCUUCUUCUUCAAUUUGGUCCCAGUCUCCUUAAUUCCGAGCUAGCUAUUUAAACCUAUCCUUUCUCUGUGGUUCUACUUCUUCAAUUGGUUCCUCCAUUGAUGCUGAUAAUCAAUUUCUUGACAAGAAAGUAAAAGCAAAAUAUGGCUUCCGAAGGAACAAGUCGCUCCCUGCAAGACACACCCAGUUGGGCUCUGGCAACAGUUUGCUUCGUCUUCAUCUUUCUCUCUCUCUUCAUAGAGCACUUGAUCCAUCUCCUUUCCCAAUUUCUCAAAAAGCAUAGAAAGACUGCAUUGUUCGAGGCCGUAGAGAAGCUCAAAUCAGUGCUUAUUUUUCUGGGUUUCAUGUCCCUAAUACUGACAGUAACACAGAGAUGGAUAGCCAAUAUUUGCAUACCCACAGAAGUUGCAUAUACUAUGCUUCCUUGCAGAAAAUCAGUAUCAACUAAAACAACCAAAGCAGUUGGUUUCGAUCGCAUGUGGAGCACCGGGGCAUCUACAACUUUUGAAGUAAUACAAAGAAGACUAGCAGAAACAGAAGAUAGUACUACUAGUUCCACUUCUACCACUUCUGAGGAUCACUGCGAAUCCCAGGGGAAGACCUCAUUUAUAUCACAAGGGGGACUAAAUCAGCUCAACAACUUCAUCUUUGCUCUGGCAAUUAUGCAGAUCGUGUACAGUGUUCUGACAAUGGCCUUAGGAAGAGCCAAGAUGAAGCGUUGGGAAGCGUGGGAAAGAGAAACUCAGACGGUGGAUUACCAAGUCGCAAAUGAUCCUAACCGAUUCAGGUUUACAAGGCAGACGACAUUUGCUCGUAGACACAUGAAUUCUUGUACAGGAACACCUAUUCAACUGUGGAUUAAGUGCUUCUUCAGACAAUUCUUCCACUCAGUUGAAAAAAUUGAUUAUCUCACAUUACGCCAUGGCUUCAUUUCUACUCAUUUGUCAACAAACAACGCAUUCAAUUUCCAGCAGUACAUAGAACGGUCGCUGGAGGAUGAUUUCAGAGAAGUAGUUGGCAUAAGCCCUUUCAUGUGGUUUAUCGUCGUAAUCUUCAUUCUCGUAGACGUGCAUGGUUGGCAGGUGUAUCUCUGGGUGUCAUUUGUGCCACUAAUCAUUGUGCUAGUUCUUGGAACCAAACUGGAAGUGGUGGUGGCCAGAAUGGCUCACCAACUCGGUGACCAGCAUAAUGUAAUCAAAGGAACUCCUCUGGUUCAACCAAAGGACAGUCACUUCUGGUUCAAUAGACCGCGGUUCGUCUUGACUCUCGUACAUCUCACACUGUUCAUGAAUGCAUUUGAACUUGCUUUCUUCAUUUGGGUCACGUUACAAUUUGGGAUACACUCUUGCUACCAUGAACACAUAGAGAUUAUCAUUAUAAGGGUGGUCUUAGCGGUUGUCGUUCAAGUUAUGUGCAGUUACAUUACUCUUCCCCUCUAUGCUCUAGUGACCCAGAUGGGGUCAAAUUUGAAGAGUACAGCAGUGCUUGAAGAGCAAACAACAAAAGUUAUAAAGCAGUGGCAUGCGGACGUGAAGCAAAAGAGGAAAAAGAAUAGGCAAGACAAUUCAGAAUCUGGUCACGAUUAUUCCUCUACUGUAGGAAGCAGUCAGAGAACCAUGAAUUCCCCAGAUUUCUCUUCCCACCACCGGCACCCAACCUUUGCUGAAAUGUCCCAAAUGGAGAUUGUCGAAGAUGGUCAAGAAAUUGUCGAAGAACAUCAAGAAAAGGGCAGCCAAAAUGAAAUUGAACUGGCUAGUAGUAGUACUGUUUUAGCUACUGAGGUACACAUAGAAAUUUCGGAGGUGAACAGAAGCCAAACGUGAAUUUAAAGAAAUUUUGGUAAAUACAAUUAGCCCUUGAAAUUAAAGGAUACAAUAUAUACAUAGAUUAUCUAUAAGUCCAAAAUACCCUGUUAUCCUUGUA